CUUCGAGACAGGAGCAAUCGUUAACAAGUGACAAUCUGCCAACGACAUUUGCCCCAACAUCAAUCGACCCCGACUACCAUUCUUUUUUCUACUAUAACAGACCCCAAGUGAACCUCGCCAGUAUGGAUUGGAACGAUCUCAAGAGCACAGUGUCCAACCUGACAUUGUAUGAUGUCAAGGCCGGCGUGCGCAAAGUUCAAAAUGCCGUUAUGAACUAUACCGAGAUGGAGUCAAAGGUCCGGGAAGCCACAAAUAACGAACCAUGGGGCGCAUCCUCUUCUCUGAUGCAAGAGAUUGCAAACGGCACAUUCAACUACCAAACACUAAACGAAAUCAUGCCCAUGAUCUACCGCCGCUUCACCGAAAAGACGGCAGAGGAAUGGCGACAGAUCUACAAAGCGCUCCAACUACUCGAGUUUCUCAUCAAGCACGGCUCUGAACGCGUUAUCGACGAUGCCCGCUCACAUCUCACGCUUUUAAAGAUGCUACGUCAGUUCCACUACAUUGACCAGAACGGCAAAGACCAAGGAAUCAACGUGCGGAACCGGGCGAAGGAGCUGGCCGAGCUGCUGGGUGACGUCGACCGUAUAAGAUCUGAGCGCAAAAAGGCCCGCGCAAACAAAGCCAAAUACACCGGUGUCGAAGGUGGUGCAGGUGGCUUCUCGAGCGGCAGUAGCGGGCGCUUCGGCGGGUUCGGGAGCGAAUCUGGUGGCUACGGCGGAAGCAGCGCCAACUACGGAGGAUACUCUGGUGGUGUUUAUGGUGACGGCGGUGGGUUCGGAGGGCAGACCGAUGACUGGCGUGGGGAGAGCAGCAGCGGUGGUGGUGGUGGCGGUGGUGGCAGCAGCAGCCGUGCAGACAAGUUUGAGGAGUAUGACGAGUUUGAUGAGGGUGAGAAGAAGACAGGCGCAUCGAGCAGCUCGGGCCGCGCUGGGGUCAAGCGGACUACUGGCGGAUCUUCUUCCGCACCGAAGAAGGCCGAGCCACCGAAGAAGAAGGAACCCGAGGUCGAUCUCUUCUCGUUUGACGAGCCGGAAACGACAUCCAUUUCGGCCCCGGCUGUGGCGCCGUCAUCCAGCUCUGGUCUUGCCGCUCUGUCCACCACCAACGACGACGACGAUGACUUUGAUGACUUCCAGUCCGCCGCCCCAGUCAACAGUGGUGGGCAGCCUCUGGCGGCGCCAAUGACAUCGAACGCCUCGAGCGCACAGUUUGCCGCACCCAAGCCUGUGUCGGCUCCUCAACAGGCCAACCUGGGCAACAUGGUGGGCCUGUCUUCCAUCUCACCGACCCCUGCAGCUUCGGCCAUAUCCCCGCCACCAACAGCCAACUACUCGUCUCUCAGCACUCCCCUCGCAGCCACCCCCUCCGGGCCUCCCAAGCCAAGUGGGUACUCGGCCGCGCAGCCCAACUAUUUCACCUCGGUCCAGGCCGGUGCCAGCCAGUCGACUCCGUCAUUGCAGUCUCGGCAGUCUACCUCUUCCGUCGGCUUCGGCUCCUCGACACCCAUGUCCUCGACUAGCGCAUCGCUCGGAGCCCCCAAGCCCAGCGCGGCUGCCAAGCCGGCGGGCGGCGACGCAUUUGGCUCCCUGUGGUCGCAGGCUAGUAUCGGUGUCAAGAAGUCGAGCACGCCGAGUGCCGGACCGGCAAUGGGUCAACUUGCCAAGGAGAAGAGCGCGGCUGGCAUUUGGGGCGCACCUGCCACUGCGGGUAGCUCUUCUGGGGCAAAGCCUGCCGGCGGAAGCUCCCAGGGCGGUGCUAUGGGCGAUCUUCUCGGGUGAGUUGCGGUCGCUGUUGAGGUCAGCAAGCACUGGACACUGGUCGGCGGUGCUCGAGUACCUUGGUGAGUUGACAGCAAUGACUUGGAUGACUGUGGUCGACUGGUCUUGCACGGGGUUGAAAUGGUCUAGGUAUAUUUAUUUUCUGACUGCUGUAGCACAUGCUUGGGUUUCCUUCAUUCGCUGUUUAGAAUUGGUUGAUACUUCGUACCAGGUGUUUUGGCGCAAGAAAAUCACUUCCUGUUUGUUUUGCAUCUUCUUGGGACUCCUAAUCUUAUUCACACCCUUGACACACCGUUGCAUGCUACGACUUUACUUUAUUCCUGAUGUUUGCUACCCUGCUUUCCUCCCAUUUUUGCGCCCAACAGCUCCCAAGGGUCGAUGCCCUAACCUUGCCAAGCGUCGGGGUUGGCUCUUUCUUGGUCUCGCUCCCUUUCUCGGCCACUUGCCAUCUUGAGUUUUUGUCCUGCGCCUGGCGAGGAAUAUUGGUCAACCUUCCCACUCGCAGAGUUAUUCGAAUCUCUGUGGGGGAAUGGCGCUGAUGCUUUGCGUUUAUUCCUUGCAUUGUGGGAGUGAACGAGAAGCAUAUGAUGAUAACCAUCACGACCAUAUGGAAACAUCACCUCCGGAACCCAAACCACUUCCCACUGCUCAACCAGGGAGUUACGACCACGAUUUUUUUCGAUUUGACUGGCAAGACUGGAAAGAACCACAGAAGAAGCGUUGGAAUUAUGACAGUGCAAGAAUGUAUGUUGAUACUGAAGAGAUCACAGUUUUACCGACUACCUGCGUUUGUGAUGGUCUUGCACCACAUUGAUGGAACCAAACGGCAGAGCUGGAACUCUGGAGAUAGUGCCCUCGCAAUGAUUGGAGGUAUAUUUGCUUCCAUCUUUACACAGACUUGUGGCAAUGGGAAGCAACUCUUGCCCUGGGACUUUCGUUAUCUUUGGUGCAAUACGCGCGGCUGAACCUUCUGCGGACAAGAGAUUCCGUGUGGGUUGACACUGCACCAACAGCCGCCCUUAUGGCUCAGUGGUAGAGCGCAUCACUAGUAAGGUGAAUACCCACAACAUGAUGAGGUCCUAGGUUCGAUCCCUGGUGAGGGCAUUGAUAGUUGUUAAAAAC